AUGUCUUACGGCGGAUACACAAAGACGUCCUACGGCGCGCAGGGCGGCGACGACUCGGGCGGCUUCUUCGCCGGCGGCUCGCAGCCGGGCAGCCAGAGCGGAGGCGGAAAGUCCUACCAGGAUGAGUCCCUGCGGCCCGUCACCAUCAAGCAGAUCCUCGACGCCGAGGAGCCCUUCUCGGGCGCCGACUUCAAGAUCGACGGCUCGCCCGUGACGCAAAUCACCUUUGUCGGCCAGGUCCGCAGCGUCAACCCCCAGCCCACAAACAUCACGUUCAAGAUCGACGACGGCACCGGCCAGAUCGAGGUCAAGAAGUGGAUCGACGCCGACAAGCAGGACGAGCCCGACCCGGGCUUCGAGCUCGACUCGCACGUCCGCGUCUGGGGCCGCCUCAAGUCCUUCUCCAACAAGCGUCACGUCGGAGCCCACGUCAUCCGCCCCGUCGCCGACUUCAACGAGGUCAACUACCACCUCCUCGAGGCCACGUAUGUGCACCUCUUCUUCACCCGCGGGCCUCCCGGCGGUCAGCAGCAGCAGGGCCAGAACGGCGACAGCAUGUUCGUCGACGGUGGCGCCGGCUACGGAAACGGCGCGACGGCCGGCGCGAGCCUGGCCAACAGCAAGCUGGCGGACUGCUCACCUGCCGCCAAGAAAGUCUUCAACUACAUAAAUGACACGCCGGGGGGCAACGAAGGCGCGCACCUCAACGUCGUAUCCAGCGCCCUUGGCAUGUCGGUGCGCGAUGUCCUUAUGGCAACAGAAGACUUGCUGCAGCGGGGGCUUAUUUACACGACAGUCGACGACGAGACGUGGGCCAUCCUGGAUUACUAG